AUGAGCCACGCCAGACCUCGCUAUGUCAUCGAACGUCCAGCAUAUUCGGUCAGCCUCUUCGACGAGGAGUUUGAGAAGAAAAGCAGAAGUUAUCCAGUUGGGGAAAAAUUGAAAAACCUUUUCAGAUGUUCAGCUUCCAGAGUCAAACUCAUCCUCUUCAGCCUGUUCCCAAUCCUUGCAUGGCUUCCCAAGUACAAAAUCAAGGACUACAUUUUGCCUGAUGUUCUUGGCGGGCUCAGUGCGGGGACAAUUCAGGUGCCACAAGGGAUGGCCUUCGCACUGCUGGCCAAUCUCCCUCCCGUCAACGGGCUCUACUCCUCCUUCUUCCCCUUGAUAACAUACUUCUUCCUUGGUGGCAUCCAUCAGAUGGUCCCAGGUACUUUUGCCGUCAUCAGCAUCAUCGUUGGGAACGUCUGCCAUGAGCUGGCUCCAGAGUCAGACUUCCAGUACCUCAACCAUAGCACCAACGAGGUGAACGUGAACACCACAGCUCUGGAAGCAGCUAGGCUGGAGAUCUCCGCCACGCUGGCCUGCCUGACAGCCGUCAUACAGCUGGGCCUGGGCUUCGUGCAGUUCGGCUUUGUUGCUAUCUACCUCUCCGAGUCUUUCAUCAGGGGCUUCAUGACAGCAGCAGGGCUGCAGAUCCUCAUCUCCGUGCUCAAGUACGUCUUCGGCUUGACGGUCCCGUCUUACACCGGGCCCUUAGCUAUCGUCUAUACAUUCAUUGACAUUUGUAAAGGUCUUCCCAAGACCAAUGUGGCCUCCCUUGUGUACGCCUUGGUCAGUGCUGUGCUCCUGAUCAUUGUUAAGGAGCUCAACCUGAAAUACAUGAAGAAGAUCCGGAUGCCCAUCCCCAUGGAGAUCAUCAUCGUCAUCGUUGCAACCGCGAUCUCAGGCAGCUUUGACAUGCCUGAGAAGUACAACAUGCCCAUAGUUGGCAAGAUCAGCAUGGGCUUCCCAGCCCCAACCCUGCCCCUCGUGAGCAAGUGGAAGGACAUGAUAGGAACCGCGUUCUCGCUCGCCAUCGUGGGCUACGUGAUCAACUUAGCCAUGGGGAGGACCUUGGCAGCCAAGCACGGCUACGACGUGGACCCCAACCAGGAGAUGCUGGCCCUGGGCUGCAGUAACUUCUUUGGAUCCUUCUUCAAAAUCCACGUGAUCUGCUGCGCGCUCUCCGUCACUCUCGCUGUGGAUGGGGCCGGAGGGAAAUCACAAGUGGCAAGUUUCUUUGUGGCACUGGUGGUUAUGGUGACCAUGCUGGCAUUGGGGAUCUACCUCGAACCCCUUCCAAAGUCGGUCCUGGGAGCCCUCAUUGCCGUGAACCUCAAAAACUCCCUCAAGCAGCUGGCGGAUCCCUUCUACCUGUGGAAGAAGAGCAAGCUGGACUGCCUCGUGUGGCUGGUGAGCUUCCUGUCCGCCUUCUUCCUGAGCCUGCCCUACGGCGUCGCUGUGGGCGUGGGAUUUUCGGUGCUCGUCGUGGUUUUCCAUACCCAGUUCCGUAACGGCUCUGCCCUGGGCCAAGUAACUUCCACCGACAUCUACAAGAACCCCAAGGCCUACAACAAGGUGCAUGAACUUGACGGGAUUAAAAUUGUGACCUACUGCUCCCCGCUGUACUUUGCCAACUCGGAGGUAUUCCGGGAGAAGAUUAUAGCCAAGACCGGGGUGGAUCCCAGCAAAGUGUACUUAGCCAGGAAGAAAUUCGUGAAACGGCAGAAGAAGGGGAUGGCACAACCACCAGCAAACCUACCAAAAUUGCUCUUGAAGCAGAACAAGACCUUGUCCUUGCAGGAGCUCCAGAAGGAUUUCGAGAGCACCUCUCCAACAGACACCAACAACAACCAGACGGCCGCUAACGGCGCCGGCAUCUCCUUCGUCGCGUUCGGCCCCGCUGCCGGCAGCCCCGCGCAGAUCUCCGGCUCCGGCAAUCCCCAUGGAAGCGCCUUCGGCAUCCCGCCCGCGGCGGGCGCCGCACCCCGCGUCAGCUUCCACACCAUCAUCCUGGACAUGAGCGGGGUCUGCUUCGUGGACCUCAUGGGCACGAAGGCGCUGGGCAAGUUGUGUUCCAGUUAUCAGAAGAUUGGGAUUAAAGUCUUCCUGGCAAACGUGCAUGCCCAGGUGUACAACGACAUCAGCACAGGUGGAGUCUUUGAGGAAGGAGGCCUGGACCGGAGCCACAUCUUCUUGACCAUCCAUGAUGCUGUGUUGUUUGCACUGGCAAAUAGCAAAGAAGUUGUCCACCCGCCCGUCUUGGAAGAGAGGCCGGAUCAGACCGAGCUCUCCAUCUAUGAUGAGUCUGUGGAUGAAAGCAGUGCAGAGUUCAAGAACCUGGAGGAGGAGAUGUUCGGCAGCAUGUUCCACUCAGAGGCGCAGACGGCUCUGUGAGCACCGGGAGC